CUAAAAGAGUGAGAGCAAGAAGUAAAAUUGAGAGAGCGAGAGCGAGCUAGAAACAAGAUGACUCAUAAUCAUCAUCAUCAAGCUGUUGACAAUCUGCUAAAUGUUUUCUCAAGAGCUUCUCAUGAUCUUACUGUUGUUCAUUCCAAGCUCGACAAGGAGUUUCAGCAGAUGUAUCCUGCUAAUGCGAAUCCGAUGAAGCUGAUUCAGCGAAUCAAGAAGUUGCAGGAAGAUGUGACUCUUCUUAAACACCAAUGCCUUGACCUAUUGUCUGCUAAACAGGAUUUGAUUGAUAAGGCACAGACUACACUUGUUGGAAACUGUAACCUUAUUCAGAAAAUGAAUGCAUCAUUAGGAGAAUCAACGAAUGGCGAUACCGAUGAUGCAUUGGCUGAUUUUAAUCAGAUCAUUGACGAGUGGACAAUGCAAGUUAGAUCCAGAACAGUGGGAGAAACAGAGGACGCAGAUAAAGAAGACAUCAAUAAGAUGCUUUUCUCAGCUAUUUGUCAUACCAAUUGAUGAUAUUCAUUGUUCAUGGUUAUGUUAAGACCUACACUACCAUACUGUACUUCAGAUUUUUGUAUCUAAGAUUAAUGCAUAACUUUACAAUACGUUACAUCACAAAACUAUUCUCAUGUUGUGCUCAAAACUUGUUUUUAUCUUGCUCGAUUGUUUGGCUUCAAACAUAGACCCAUCAGCUCAAACGUUAGCCGAAGGACGAAGCUUUCUUACAAGCCAUUUCCUACGUAACGAGACAUCCAAGGCCAAGAACGUCUUUGCUUUCCUCUCAUCUUCCAAAAGAUCACAAGCAUCCAGCAGAAGCUCAUCAUCCAUGUCAGGCAAAGCUUGCAAUGCAUCAAGGGCAUUUCCUAUUCUCGAGUAAAUUUCGAUCUGAGGCAUGGGUUUGGUGCAAUCAUCAUCAUCACCUUCUGUUUCACACAGAGGCUUCCUCGUCUCUACUCCGGUUUUCUGAGCCUUGCAUACUACUAUCCCCAACGGCGGAGUUAUUGGGUUGGGUCGCUUAUUCUGCUGCUUGUGGGGUGAACUAAAGUCAUCAACUAUUUCCAUCUCAUUGCCAUAAUUUUCCAACUCGAUCAUAAGAUUCUCACAAUUGAAACUUUCUUGGGAGAGAUGUUCAUUUAGCUUGCACAAAUUGCCAUAACUAUCCAAGGUCUUACCUUUAUAUAUGGUUGCAUCUGGAUG